ACACGUCAUUAGAUCUCCCGUCCUUGUCACUGCAGCUCUGAAGUGAUGGACUGUGCUGUUCCCGUGGAGGUCGUCCCAAAACACAUAACCAAAACACCGGAGCGGGCGGAGGGGUUACGUUACCGAGCCGCGAUAAGACCAAGGAGAUGCUUUAUAAGAGACUCGAAUAGACACACUGAUAGACGAUGUCUGGAAACAGCCUGCGUUUAAUGAGCACAGAGCAGGAUUCAGCAAAACAUCUGUUCUUCUCUGAUGACAUAGACUGUACCAAUGGGUGUCUCACUCUCAGUUUGGCUGUACAGCAGGGCAGACAAAACCCAUUCCUCCGUUUCAUCAGCUUUCCAUCCCCUGGCUGUCCCGACAUCCUCUCGCCUCGCUGUCACUCUGAACUCUUCUCCGGUUGCUCCAGGAGACAGUCGCUCAAAAUGGAGCUCAGUCCACUGCUCUCCACACUUCCUGCUCUCUGCCUGCAAAGAGGAAGUGACACGUUCACCCGUUGAGAUGAGCAGCGAUGGGGUUAGGGCAGAGUUGGGGGUGAAGAGUGGGCUUCAUGUCUGGGAGGUGCUGUGGAGCCCCAACCACAGAGGGAGUCAUGCUGUCAUGGGCAUUUCCAGGCAGAGCUGCCCUCUGCAGGCCUCAGGGUACAACGUGCUGAUUGGUGGAGACACACAGUCCUGGGGCUGGGAACUUAAAACCAAUCAGCUCUGGCAUGCUGGACAGAGUCUGGGGCUUUACCCAGGAAAGAGGAGGAGGUGCCACUCUGAGGCUGUGACACAAUCUUUAACUUCAUCACACGCAAAGGUGGCACAGACACCUCUCCCCGUCCCUGAACGCAUCCUGCUGGUCUUGGACACCGACGCAGGUACUCUGGGAUUCGUUGUUGAUGGCAGCUUCCUUGGCGUAGCUUUCAAAGACCUCCCUCGUGGAGUGGAGCUGUUCCCAGCAGUAAGCAGUGUGAGAGGAGGAGCCAGCAUACGACUACGAUACCUGAACGGUGCCACACGUGAUCCCCCUGCCCUGAUGGCUUUAUGUGGACUGUCAGUUCGGCAGUGUUUAGGGCAACAGAGGCUGAAUCAAAUGGACAAACUCCCUCUUGCCCCUCGUCUCCAGCACUACCUGCUUUCGACUCACAAGUGUACACUUACAGUAAAUACAUACAAACAGAAACAAUAGGAAAUAUUUAAUCACUUAAGUGUACCAAGAAUUAUAUUGUAAUAUAAUACUUAUAUAAUAACAUAUUAUUUAUUCCAGCACCCUUUGGACUAUGCUCCAUAAUUAAAAUAAUUAUAACUAUCCUAAUUAUAAUUUGUUCCUCCAUACUUUGCACUCUUCAUUACACUAGUCUCAACCUGUCUAUAUUGUUUCUGUUUAUAGUGUGUGUACAUAUUGUUUGUUUUGUUGUUUGUUUUGUAUGAGUAAGCACAUUGUGAGCAAUAAGAAAAAAGGAAAACUCCUUGUAUGUGUCCUCAUACCUGGCAAAUAAAGCUGAUUUUGAUUCUGAGAAUGUAUAGAUUUGCAUAUGAAAAUUUAUAUAGGCUACAUACAUAUUAUAUCAUGGCCAGACAAAUGGAUGUAUUAUCUAUCUUCUUUUUUACAAUAUAAUAUAGGCCUACGUAUUUCACUGAAGUUUCAAAGCAUUUUACAUUUUCUUUCUGUUUCUUCCUUUGUGUAUAAAAUAAAUGACUCCCUUUUUGAA